AUGCACUCGCGACGACCCGAAACCUUGAAGAUUGACAUCUCCAAGUAUAGGGGAGUCGAAGAGGACUCCCUCUUGAAAUGGUUCGUCGAAUUGGAUGACGUGAUAAGGGCGCGUCGCAUCGACGACGGGGAUAUGCAAGUUGCAUUUGCCCAGUCAAAUCUGGCAGGACGUGCCAAGACUUGGGCACUGGGACUCAAGUUGCACGACCCAUAUGCGUUUGGGUCGUUAGAAGUCUUCAAGUCGCGGCUCAGACAAACGUUUGAACCGCCUAGAGCUGAGUUCAGGGCUCGAACUGAAAUCCUGAAGCUCAAACAGGGUAAGCGUGAUGUACACGCUUACGCGCAACAUAUACGACAUCUCACGAGUUGUACAAGUUCCAAUCCGGUGGAUGAACACACGUUGGUUUCGGUGUUCAUGCAGGGUCUUGCGGAUGGUCCCGUCAAGACUCACCUGUUCCGACUCGAACUAUACUCACUAGAACAAGCCAUUUUCAUUGCGGAACAGGAAGACUUCAGUCUGAGACAGGCUCGCGCCAGCUCGACAUCAUAUCGUCAACCGAGACGAUAUGACAGCGGAGGUCCAGAGCCGAUGGAACUCUGUUAUGUAGAGAGCGAGAAGGCUCGCUCUACAGACUACAAGAAGUUGCAUAAAUGCAACAGAUGUCAAAAGACAGGACACUACGCUUACGAGUGUAGUGCCCCUCGUCCAGUGUCUCGCAACACUGGGCGUAGUGACCGUCCACCCAUGAGAAAGGGGCAGGGACGCGGGUCCGCUGUUGGUGCAAAGACGCAACAACGGGAUGGAUCGUCAAAAAACGGACAGGAUCAGUAG